GAUCAAAAGUUGGGUGAUUUGUCAAGCAGAGCUUACACGAAUUGUUUCUUCUCUCAGAACACGCGUCUUCUUCAUAUUUUUUUGUUCAUACUAUUCUCGAUUCCACAAAAAAAAAAAUACUACAACAUUAAGAGAAAACUAAAAUUCCAAUAUCAUAAGACAUUAAGGUCAUGAAAUUGUUUCCACCAGUUUUGGGAGUUUUAAUUGCGAAUCUCUUACCGUUAUCACGUACUUAUGAGAGAGAGGGCAAGCUGGAUACUGAGUUUCGUGGAUCAUUGUGACUUCUUCUCUGCAAGUUUAUGAGUUUUCAGAGUUGGUAGAAAUCAGCAGCCUUUUCUUUUGUCACAGAGCCUUUAGCAACAGAAAGCAAACAUAAAAUGGUCCUAACUUGUGCUCAGCGUAUCAAGCGGAUGAGAUUAGAGAAACAGCCUCUCGAGCUAUCUAGAGCAGAGAAAACAGAUACAUGGAAGGUUGUAGAUGUAGAGGACCUCUUUAUGGCAAUCCUAUCUCGUGUCUCUGCCAAAUCUCUCUUGUCUUUUAAGACACUUAGUAAGCAUUGGUAUGGAUCCCUUGGUACUAAAUAUUUUUAUGAGCUGCAGUUAGAGCAAUCAAGGAAGAAUCCCACGUUCAUUGUCUGUCCUGCUAUGGAGGCAGCAAUGAAGUUGUAUUUGAUGGAUGCAAAGAGUUUUAACCGUUCCUUGCUCAACACUAUUGAUCCAUCUCAAAGAAGCCACGAGGACUUCAUGUACAUGAUUUCAUCAUUUAACGGACUCAUCUGCUGCGUGAAUUUGUUUUGUGACGAAGACGUAGAAAGCAAGUUCUGUGAUCUGCAGAUAUGGAUAUGCAACCCUUGUACAAGGGAGACUCUCCUUCUUCCCCAAGGGAGACCAUCGUUUGACUUUGUGCCAAGUGUUGGAGUGGCUUAUGGCUCCGACAUCAGUGACUACAGAAUUUUCCGUAUAUUCUGCGUUGGAAAGAAAAUCCCUGAAGAAAGAAGGGGUGUGAUGGGAUAUUGUUUCCGAGAUGGUCGAAUCAUUCCAGAAUACCGUUACGCUUUAGCCUAUGAAUGUGAGGUGUAUUCGUCCAGCAAUGGUUCUUGGCAAAACAUCGGCUCUGUGCCUUGUGUUCCUAUGCGUUCUGGUCUUAGCCCAUUCAGAACUGCUCAUAUUUUUGUUGGAGGUAAAAUAUAUUGGCUAGUGUCUUUAGAUGAGCCAGGUGAGAUCCUAUCAGUGGAUUUGGAAGGAAGAUUCCAGGUUCUAAACUUGCCCGAGUAUGAAGAUGUUAUAAACGAAGAAGACAAGAUCACAGAGGCGACUUAUCUGAUCAUCUUUCAAGGAUCUCUUGGAUUGCUUGUUCUACAUCCAGGCAAGAUGGAUAUUUGGGUUCUGAAAGACAAUUGGGUUCUUGAAUUCAGGAUUGAUACUCCAAUUAGAGAUGAAGAACUGGUUUGUUCUGUAACUGUAUUAAAGAACAAGAUCAUAUGUGUGACUGAGACACACUGGCGUAUUUAUGAUGUGGAGACUAAAAUCUGGAGGAAGAGAAGGGGCCCUCGUACUGGAUUUUGGAAUCCUGCUGUUUUCCCAUUCACGGAAAGCAUUCUUCCAUGUAAUGGUGGUGUAGGACUGUAGAAGGAACAUGAAGAGUAUUGUUGGUUCUAUGAUGCAGAGAUUGUUGAAUUGGAAGGCAAUGUGUUUCUCUCAGGAGCUGUCAUAUUGGUUUUUAAAACUUUUUGUCUCUUUUUUCCUUUUCUUUAAACUUGGUUUUGUACAGUUUCUUAAAUAAAGCUUCAUUGAUACAAAUUAGCCGUGGGUGCUUUGUCUCUGAACAAAGUUUUAAUGUUAUAAAGUCUUUUCAUGUUCCGAUGCUA